UCACAGUUUACGUUGCUCAGUAAACAUGGCGGAAGUUCAGAGGCGUCAACGUGGGGAGGAAGAAAGGAGCUGUGUCCAAAUGAAGCAAUCUGAGUAGAGGAAUGAAGCGGUUGGGAUGGCGGAUCAGACGUUAACGGUACUAGUGAAGCUUUUGGCCGCUGGUUUUUACGGAAUCAGCUCUUUUCUCAUAGUUGUUGUGAAUAAGAGCGUGCUGACCAAUUACAGGUUCCCCUCCUCAAUAUGUGUUGGCAUUGGUCAGAUGCUGGCAACAGUUGUUGUUUUACGGGUGGGAAAGGCCCUCCGGGUGAUCACCUUUCCAGGAUUUGAUAGUAGCAUACCCAGGAAGACAUUUCCUCUACCUCUUCUAUAUGUAGGGAAUCAAAUAACAGGACUUUUUGGAACAAAAAGGCUCAACCUGCCAAUGUUUACAGUAUUGAGGAGGUUUUCUAUUUUAUUUACUAUGCUUGCAGAGGGUUUUUUGUUGAAGAAGAAAUUCUCCCGACCAGUUCAGCUCACAGUAUUUACUAUGAUAAUUGGAGCCUUUGUUGCCGCAAGUGCUGAUCUGGCCUUUGAUCUGCAAGGAUAUGUCUUCAUUUUAAUGAACGAUGUUUUCACUGCUGCCAAUGGAGCGUUUGUGAAACAGAAACUUGACUCUAAGGAGCUGGGCAAAUACGGUCUCCUCUAUUACAAUGCUUUAUUUAUGAUCCUCCCAACACUGCUUUUGGCCCAUGUCACCGGAGACAUGGAUAAGGCAUUUGAUUAUGAAGGUUGGUCAGACAAGCUGUUUUUAAGCCAAUUUGUCCUUUCUUGUAUAAUGGGGUUCGUUUUAAUGUACUCCACUGUACUUUGCACUCAGUAUAAUUCUGCGCUUACUACUACCAUCGUCGGCUGCCUGAAAAAUAUAUUAGUGACAUACAUUGGAAUGGUGUUCGGGGGGGAUUACAUUUUCUCAUGGACUAACUUUAUUGGUCUAAACAUCAGUAUUGCUGGCAGUCUGGUGUACUCGUACAUUACCUUCACGGAGGAGCAGACUAUCAAACCGAGUGAGAAUGGCAACAAAUUGGAGGUCAAAGGGAAAGUGUCUGUAUGACCGGUGCUUCAAUGCGCACAGAGCUGCCUCUGUGAGUUUUUACAAGUAGCCAAUGAGGUCACCCCAGGGAGGUGGUUUUGUGAAAAUGAGAUGACUGUGAAGGACAUGUUAAAAUGUAUGUAGGACUGGUUUUGUGUCCUAAAAUGAACUGUUAUCCCUGGGCUGCUGUUUCCCCAAAUUGGGAAUAAUGACUGUCGUUACAGUUGACACAGCUGUUGUACUGCCUGUUGAAGAGUACUUUUAAUUAGUUGGUAUGAAAACUAUUUAUUUUUAUGGGAGUUUCUUUUUUUUUAGAUUUUAGUCAAAUGUUUUCAUUUUAAUUAUAUAAAGGGAAAUUUUUUGCUGUGAAGCUCAGAUGGUUUUGCAACUGUACUGGUACGGUGUUACAACACAACUUGAAAUCAAGUUUUAUCAUCACAAGCUGCACAAAUGUUUGUUCACAGCCUGAAUGAUACAAGAGAAGUGUGGAAAAUAGUAACGUUUGUGUGCGCAACUAAUUUGACAUAUGAUUUUAAUCUUUUGAUAAGAAGCUUUAAACAAGCAAGAUACUGUAUUUCUUUGCGUCCACCACAGUGUUAUGAAGUGUUCAGUUAGACGUUUUACCUGAAAUAACUGAUUUUCUGAUUUUUUUUUGUUGAGAAAAGUAUGCAGUAACUCCAUUUGUUUUGUAUUGAUGGAAUAAUGGUUUGUUUAUUGUAAAGACAAAUGUAGUAAUUGCACUUUAACAGUUUACAAGUUUUGUCAGUUUUUUAUUUGUUAGUAGUUUUUGCAAGAAGAUUAUAUUACAAGGUACAAGAACUUUUCAGUAUUUAAAUUUUUCUCAAAUAUGGCUAUGGAGAAAUAUAUAUAUAUAGUCAGAAAAAUAUCUCAGAUGUUGGUCAAAAAAAAAAAUCAUCACAGGUUUCUCAGUUAUUGCCUGUUAUAAAUGUUAUUAUAUAUUUGUACCAAACCAGGAUGUAUUUCGAGGUUCUUAAAUGAAUGUCUAUACACAUCCGUAUAACUUCUAGUCUGUUGCUUGGAAAUUCUCAUUUUACUGAUAAUGUGCAUUUUCAGAUUUUGUUACUCUGGCACUGAUAUUCUUCAAAGACCUACUGUUACUGCAAAUGCAACUUGUACUUAUUGCUUGAAUCUGUUCCUUAUUUUAAUUAAGUUUUGAAAAACUUACAGAACAAAACUCAUUUUUUUAUUCAUGUCAGCAAAAGCUCAACAAAAAGUGAUUGUAUCAGUGAGAAACAAGUGUAUUUGAACUUUAAAUACCUCAACUCCAUGAUGUUUAUAUAUGUUAUUUUAAUUAUUUUCCUGAUACUGUUAACCAUAAUAAAAUAAACACUUUUUCA